GCCGGAAGGGGUGCAGCUAUUCUUUGCUGUCUAAAUCGCCAAGAAUAUCGUCAUGCCGCCAAGUGGAAAAGCCGCCAAGAAAGCUGGCAAAGCCAGGCCGGUCGGAGACAAGAAGAAGGGAAGGAGGAGAAAGAGGAGGGAGACCUUCGGCGUCUACAUCUACAAAGUGCUGAAGCAGGUGCACCCCGACACCGGCGUCUCCAGCAAGGCCAUGGGCAUCAUGAACUCAUUUGUCAACGACAUCUUCGAGCGCAUCGCCGCCGAGGCUUCCCGUCUGGCUCACUACAACAAGCGCUCCACCAUCAGUAGCCGCGAGAUUCAGACCGCCGUCAGACUCCUGCUGCCGGGCGAGCUGGCCAAGCACGCCGUCAGCGAGGGCACCAAGGCCGUCACCAAGUACACCAGCUCCAAGUAGAUCGAUCGCCGCUGCUACACAUAACCCCGGCCUUUUUCAAGGCCACC